AUGUAUUCGUACACCUUCUCGGACCUGUCUUGGAUCACCCGCGAGGACCUCGCCGAAUCCGUCCGCUCUGGGAAGCCUGGAGUGACUGUCAUUGACGUCCGCGACAGUGACUACAUCGGCGGGCACAUCAAGGGCUGCAUGAAUGUGCCGACCAACACCCACGACUACCGUAUGCCGGAGCUCAUCCGCACCCUUCGUGAUCAGGACAAGAUCGUCUUCCACUGCUCGCUCUCCCAGCAGCGUGGGCCUGGCAGUGCGCUGCGAUACCUCCGCGAGCGUGACCGGAUGGCCGAGAAGGGCGAGAUCCAGCAGAGGAGAGAUGGCAAGGAUGUCAAGUCUGCGCAGGAGGUGGUCGUCCUGGAUGGUGGUUUCUCCAAAUGGCAGCAGAAGUUCGGAGAAGAUCAGGAGGUGACGGAGGGCUAUGCGAAAGAUCUCUGGGAGUAG